AUUGCCUAGAGUUAAUUUAGUUAACGCAGUGUUUUCACCCGUGGAUUAGGUAAUAAUGAACAGUUAAGAUAUUUUAACAGAAGCAUCCAAAUCCUUUGAAAUUAGUGAGACAGCGGGGUAAAGCAAAACAAUCCACUGAAAACCCCUACCCCUCUUUUUUGAAAACGAAAGACGCUCCUCACUCACUCCAAUCACGCGCAACAAUGUCGGGUUUCUCCUUCGGAUCCUCUUCAUCCCAAUCUUCUGCAUUCUCCUUCACAAACCCUUCUUCUUCCGGUUCCGCUUCUUCUUCGUCUUCCCCGUUCUCACUUGGCUCCACCCCCGCUUUCUCAUUCGGAUCCUCCUCUCUCUUCAGCACAAACCCUACAUCCGCCGCGUCCUCUUCUCCAUCCCCUCUUUCUUUCUCCUUUGCUUCUUCUUCUUCUGCACCCUCCUUCUCCUUGGCCUCCUCUUCCUCUCCCGCACCCGCAUCCGGCGCCACCGGUUCUUCAAUUUUCGGUGCCGUAACGGCGCCGUUUGGGGCAGCAGUGUCCUCCGCCGCGUCGCCUUUUGGUGGAACGCCCUCUGUCUCGACGACGCCAUUUGGAGCAGCAGCGUCCCCGGUUUCUACGAAUCUGUUUGGAGCAGGGUCCUCUGCUUCCACCACUCUAUUUGGUGGAACUUCCUCAGCUUCAACGACGCCGUUUGGAGCAGGGUCCUCAGCCUCAACCACCACUCCAUUUGGUGGAACGCCCUCUGCUCCUACGACGCCGUUUGGCGCAGCUUCCUCAACGGCCACAACAACAUCCACGACUCUGUUCGGAGGAGCGUCUUCUGCUUCAGCGACGCCGUUUGGUGCAGCGUCCUCAACUUCAACGACGCCGUUUGGAGUGGCGUCCUCAGCUUCAACGACGCCGUUUGGUGGAACGUCCUCUUCAUCGACACUAUUCGGAUUUGGCGGAACAGCUUCUGCAACAACGACGCCGUUUGGAAAUAGUAGUACUGCCUCUGCCUCAACUUCAGCCUUUGGAGCAUCUUCUUCUGCCGCACCGUUGUUUGGAGGAGCAUCCUCAGCCGCAACGACGCCGUUUGGAGGUAGUAGUACUGCCUCUGCCUCAACUUCUGCCUUUGGAGCAUCGUUGAGUGCUUCUCCUUCUUCAGCUGCAACUACCUCUCCUUUGUUCUCGGGUGCAUUUGCUACCACUGGAGCUUCUUCGUCCUCGGCCUCAACGACGUCGUUUUCAGGGUUUGCAAAGCCGUCUACUCCAGCCGCUACAACGACGCCGUCUAGCUCUUCGGGAUUCUCCCUCGCUUCUCAUCCCUCUUUUGGGUUCCCCAAUGCAGCUUCGGCUUCGGCUUUGGCUUCUUCUGCUGCUUCCACAGUUUCUGGUACACCGGCUUCGAAGCCCUCUUCGGGUUCUGCUUUUUCGUUCACCACGUCUUCGGCACCGCUGUUCUCGACGGUGACGACCACCAUGGCUUCCACCGUGGUUACUGGUAGCACUACCUUGUCGCCUUCUCUGCCUGCAUUUGGUGCUACUGCCCCAUCUUCUGUCGCCGCGAGUGCUUCUGCGACUCCUGCUGCUUCUACUGGUGCUGCUGCUUCUGCCAGCGGAGGAUCAUCUUUUGCAGGAUUUGGUGUUGGAAGCACGGCGUCCGCUGCUUCUUUUGGGACUGGGUUUUCCUUUGCGAAUAAGUCGUCAACGCCGGCAGUUUCUAGUGUUACUGCUUCUGCAUUUGGGGUUAGCACUUCAACUUCUACUGCUCCAGCAAUUUUGAGUUCCAGCACUAGUGCAACUCAGACAUCAUCCGCUCUUGUUGUGGCUUCCACUAGUGGAACUACUUCAACUGUCAGCACUUCAGUUGCUGCUUCACCAAAAUUGCCAUCUGAAAUCACAGGGAAAACGGUGGAGGAGAUUAUCAAGGAGUGGAAUGCUGAGUUGCAAGAGCGAACUGGAAAAUUUAAAAAACAAGCAAAUGCAAUAGCUGAAUGGGAUCGGAGGAUUUUGAACAAUCGUGAUGUUUUAUUGAGACUUGAGAUUGAAGUGGCAAAAGUAGUUGAGACACAGUCAAAUUUGGAGCGGCAGUUGGAGUUGAUAGAGACUCAUCAACAGGAGGUUGAUAAGGCUUUACAAAGUAUGGAGGAAGAAGCAGAAUGUAUUUACAAGGAUGAGCGUGGAUUACUCCUUGAUGAUGAAGCUGCAUCUACAAGAGAUGCAAUGUAUGAACAAUCUGAAUUGAUUGAAAGGGAACUUGAGCAGAUGACUGAACAAAUCAAAUCAAUUAUCCAAUCCCUUAAUUCGAACCAGGGUGGAGAGCAUGAUACCCUUGAUGGAAUGACUCCAUUAGAUGCAGUUGUUCGAAUUCUAAAUAAUCAACUAACUUCUUUGAUGUGGAUAGAUGAAAAGGCCGAAGAAUUUUCUUCCCGUAUUCAGAAGCUAGCUAACCCAGGUUCUGCUUCAGAUCGUGAACUGACAGGUUCAGGAAUCUGGAUGUCUUGAUAUUUUCAAAAUGGGGAGAUACACCUAGAAGAUUUUCAUUUGAAUGAACAGGCUAUUUUUGUAUUUUUUUUUUCUCCCCUAUGAUUCGGGAUGAAACUGUUUUAGUUUUAGAAUGGUUACUGGUUACCUUCAACUUUUCUAUUAAAUUUCCCAAUAUUACUUCUAUACUUUUCUAUUGAAGUAAAAACCUCGUUAUGAAAUGAAAUAUUGAGAAGCCUUAAUGAUAAAGAAUGAAAUACCAAUUUUAAAAUAGCAACCUUCAACUAUGAUUGAAAUAAAAUGGCAGUUAGUUGGAUGGGCUAUUGAA